AUGGCAACUCGACAAUCUGCUGUGCGAGCCACAGAUCUCCUUGCGGGGAUCUCUGAGCUAUGGAAAAGUGGUCUACAGAAAGAGGCUUCUGCCGGUCCAGCAAGAAUAGGGGUAUGUGUCAGUGGAGGGCCGGAUUCAAUGGCUUUGGCAUACUUGCUCAACCAAAUUCCGCAAAUCGAGCCAGACCUUCGGAUCAAACCAGUGGCCUUGAUUGUGAACCAUAAUGCACGCCCUGGGAGCGCCUUAGAGGCGGAAUCCGUGGCAAGGCGAUUAGAAAAGCACAAUAUCGAGAGCCACGUUCUUGAUAUGCGUUGGGCUACAGAGCUUGAACCAUUGAAAUCGACGCGCUUCGAAAUGGUGGCACGUUCUAAUCGCUACCAGUUAAUCGCACAAGCUGCUCUUCAAGGCCACAUCCGGCAUCUAUUUCUUGGCCAUCACCUUGAUGAUCAGGUUGAGACAGUCAUGAUGCGCCUGAUAAGAAACACCAAUACCUCAUUUCUCGGCUUCAGGGGCAUGGCUGAAAGAAGCAACAUUCCCUGCUGCGAAAACAUCCGGGGCGCCCACGAGUCAGUCGAGUUUCGCACUGCCGAACAAUAUGUGUCACAUAAUCUACAGUCUCGUCUGGCGAAGUGGUCAAAAGGUGUCAACAAUGGUAGACCUGUAGGGGUAUCUGAUGCACAAGGCCUUCAGCUCCAUCGUCCACUGCUGCAAUUCAGUAAAUCGCAAUUGAUAAAGACCUGCCUCGAGCACGAGAUUGAGUAUGUGACCGACAAGACAAACUUUGACCCAACCCUCACAAUGCGAAAUGCUGUGAGACACAUGAGAGCCACCCACAAGCUUCCCCGAGCAUUACAACCUGCCUCUGUCCUUCACUUGAUGACCACGGCUCAACAAAGUUCGCAGUCUCUCAAGAACAGGGGAGAGGCACUGCUGUCACACGUCCAAGUAGUCGAAUUUGACCUUCGCAUGGGCUCCAUGAAGAUCAAGCUUUCACAGGAUUUUGGUUCAAGGUGUAAGACAGACACGGAAGCCGCUGCCUACGCACUGUCAAGAUUGAUGAGCGUCAUCAGCCCGCAGGACGGAGAGGCAAGAGUAACGCUGGCACCGGAGGCUCGUGUUGAAGAGUUUAUCAAGAGUCUGUUAUCGAACAAUAAGACAGCCACUCACCAGAUUGACCAGACCUCGAUGCAAAGGAUGAUGGACAAACCAUAUCUUCAACCUGGCGAAAGUCUAUGGAAACUAUAUCGUCCACCCAUGCGCCCGAGCGAGAGAAUGGCGGCAACAAUGAUGUUCGAGCUAUCAUCCAAGGAGCCUGCAGAUGCCAAAGCUGGAGUCUGGUCGGAAUGGAAGCUCUGGGAUCAUCGAUACUGGAUAAGAGUGAAAGCCCAAAGUGCAGAACAGAUAUCGUCCAUCACGAUUCGAGAUUUGUGCCUAGACGAAGAUAGAGGAAAGCUUCGUGACGGCCUCCCUGAGAACAAUAAAUUUUGGCAAGAGUAUAAAGAGCUUGCGCUCGGCAAGAUGAAAUGGCCCAUUCCCGUUCUCACCUGGAAGGAAAAUAUUGCAGUAUUUCCGACAUUGAAUGUGAGAGUGCCCGAAAGAAAGCCUGCGGUGUACAAACCGCAACAACCUGAGAAUUCAUAUCCAAUCUUGGAGUGGGAGAUCUGCUACAGGUCUCUCGACCAGUCCUUUAUUCAAGAUCAAAAGGACAACAUAGUAUGGAAAAAUGUGUAA